GUUCCUUACACCGGAAGUCGCUUUCUGAGCUAGCGUGCGGUCUUUGUCAGCUUCCACCAUGGCGUACCGUGGCCAGGGCCAGAAAGUGCAGAAGGUGAUGGUGCAGCCCAUCAACCUCAUCUUCAGAUACUUGCAAAAUAGAUCUCGGAUUCAGGUGUGGCUUUACGAGCAAGUGAACAUGCGGAUAGAGGGCUGUAUCAUUGGUUUUGAUGAGUACAUGAACCUCGUAUUAGAUGAUGCAGAAGAGAUUCAUUCUAAAACAAAGUCAAGAAAACAACUGGGUCGGAUCAUGCUAAAAGGAGAUAAUAUUACCCUGCUCCAAAGUGUCUCCAACUAGAAAUGAAAUCAAUGAAGUGAUUGAGAAAUUCUUGAGAAGGACAUGUAGUUUGUUUUUUUAGAGGUCCCUUGUUGGGAGUAUAGUUCCAGAACAUUUGUUCCUACUGUUUUGAUUACCUUUAUGUUAUUACCAGGUGACAAUAAAUGCUAUGGGAUUGUUUUUAUUUAAACAUUUACAUUGUUUCUUUUUAUCCAGUGUUAGAGACCUUUUACACAGUGGCCCCUAUGUUUUCUGAAUUGUGGCAGGUGCCCUGGCCUUUUGUUUUUGGUAGAACCUGGGUCUAGAUUCUUAAGGCAAAGAGUAGGAAUUCUACCUGACAGGUAAGCUUCUGAUACCAGAUCAUGGGGAAGAGGAGGGUUUGCAAAAAUAAAGGUUAUUGAAC